UAAAACCGCGAAACACGUAACCCGCGUACUCGUUAUAGGAAAAGUAUCCCUCUCGUGAGGCUCUUCUCAGUCGAGCCACCCUUUCCCCGCUUUUAAUCGCGUAUGUAUGUGCGGCGUUUAGAGGGAAAAUUCGAGGACGUGUCACAUACGUUUUUCCGUACCCUUCCUCGAUCAUGCUCCUUCCCGUUCGCUCGUGUCUAAUACCGACAUCCGACAACGCAAGCCAAAUCACAGCUGAUAUCAACAGCAUCGUCGCUGUCAUCAACAUCUGUGCCGCGAACAUCGUGACAACGUGACAUCAAUCCCGGUGAAUCGAUUGAAUCGAACCGGCGAUCGAGGAAAGCCGUGACCUUGAGAAUUCACGUUGCAAGCGGGACAGAUUAGAGGGGGAUGGAGGAGGGGGCAAUUAACGUGCGUUAUCCGACGAUGAUGCGCUAAUGAAGAACAAUCGCGGUACCCGCGUUAUUAUUCACGGAAGAAAGAACACAUGAUUGCUUUGCGAUUCACGUAAGAUACAAUGGUAUUCGAAAGACAGAUAAUUAGUAGAAGAAAUCUGAACUUUUGACAUCUCUCGAUUAUGCCAUUUUGUGUGUCUAUACUUAACAUCUCAGUCGAAGAAAUCUAUCGUGCCAAACGUCAUCAGACAGAUACGCGACAAGUAUGUUGAGAUAGUCAGUCUUUAUGAGGAUAUAAUCUGAUCAUAUAUUGACAAAAGCUUGAUGAUCAAUUGAAUCAGGCUAUCUCAUCGGAGUGUAUUUUAUGUGUGAUUAAUUUAAAUAAAAAUAUGUAAAAGAAUAUAGUAAAAAAUAUAGACAGUAAUCUUAGAAUUACAAUGAUUUUCCGAAGUGUCUCAAUGAGGAAACAAAAUGAAAAAACAAACGAGAAGGAGGGAUCUCGUGAACGUAAAUGCGACGCUGAUACUUUGACGUUCAGCCGCCUCGAGAACGUCACGAGAAUUAUCAUCUUGGACGAUCGCAUAUCGGGGUGAUUACGGUCGUCGUAGUGGCACGGAUGCGCAAGGCAAAACAUGAAUGACAGCGAGAUCUAUUUAUCGAGCUGGGAAGACGAGGCACACGCAUUAAACGACAAUCUGAUCGGCAAGAGUUUUUACAACGCGAGCUAUCCACCGCUCUUUAAUAACACCUAUGAGGAUCUCUGGGGACUCGCCACGGAUCGAAUCGGUCUCGCGAUAGUUCUGUUGCUCUUCUCCGUAGCUACCGUCUUCGGGAACUCGUUAGUGAUUCUCGCGGUAUUUCGCGAGAGGCAUCUGCACACAGCGACGAAUUACUUCGUGACCUCGUUGGCCUGCGCCGAUUGCUUAGUAGGCCUAGUGGUGAUGCCGAUCAGUGCGAUAUACGAGGUACUAGAAAAUCGUUGGCUCUUCACGACGGAUUGGUGCGAUGUCUGGCGAUCAUUGGACGUUCUCUUCUCCACGGCAUCUAUCCUGAAUCUGUGCGUCAUUAGCCUGGACCGCUACUGGGCGAUCACCGAUCCAUUCACGUAUCCGAUGCGUAUGAGCAGGAAACGCGCGGCGAUUCUUAUCGCUAUUGUGUGGAUCUGCUCGAGUGCUAUCUCCUUCCCCGCGAUAGCCUGGUGGCGCGCGGUACGGACCGAGCAAGUACCCGAAGACAAGUGUCCGUUCACGGAGAAUCUCGGCUAUUUGAUAUUUUCGUCAACAAUUAGCUUUUACCUGCCGCUAUUCGUGAUGGUGUUCACGUAUUACAGGAUCUAUCGCGCUGCCGUGAUACAGACGAGGAGUCUGAAACUCGGCACGAAGCAAGUGAUGAUGGCUUCCGGUGAGCUCGAACUUACGCUUAGAAUGCACCGGGGCGGUGUGUCCUCGAACACCGAUGCCAGACAUCUAUUUCGCACCGCCUCGAGCACGCCCGAGGAUCUUCAGGAUCUCGAGGAACCGUUAACGGCACUCCACAAUAAUGGUCUUACCAGAGUGCCAUCCGUGCGAAUCAACAACAAGCACCAUCUGGGCAAAAAUUUUUCUUUGUCGCGGAAGCUUGCCAAGUUCGCCAAGGAGAAGAAAGCGGCGAAGACUCUUGGUAUCGUUAUGGGUGUCUUUAUUAUUUGUUGGCUACCGUUCUUCGUUGUGAAUCUAUGGUCAGGAUUCUGCACGAGGUGCAUAUGGCAAGAGGAAAUCGUGUCCGCUGCCGUCACCUGGCUCGGCUGGAUUAACAGCGGAAUGAAUCCCGUAAUCUACGCCUGCUGGAGUAGAGACUUUCGUAGAGCUUUUGUCAGGAUUCUAUGCUCCUGUUGUCCUAGAAAAAUGAAACGGCGGUAUCAACCGGCAUUCAGAUGUAAACCAAGUCAAUAUAUUUCCGGAAUGGCAACAGGAGGACAAGCGAGUAACGUAAGCUACAGUAGUGUCAGCCAAAGUAGCGAUGGUGGCAUAUGCGCAACCGGAAGCGGUCCUUCCAGCGGCGGUAUGUGACGUCACACGUCGGCCCGAUCGGGGCCACGUCGAGAGCGAGCAAUUCGAUUCCGUGACGCGUGAUUUAGUGACACGAUCAAGAUCGAGAAGACCUUCAAGAAACUAGAAGAAUUUUUCUGUGCGAUUUAAUUUUAUUGCGCUUGGAAAAUGUCAAGAGGACGCGCUUUGGACGGUAUUACAAUUCAUUAUUGCGAGACGCCUCUGCAAAACGAAAAAAUAGAAACGUGUUGUGGGUGGAUGGGAUAGAGACGGCUUGAUGAGUGAAAAUAUAGACCGCGAAAUACCUGAAGCUGCGAAACACGUACUUAACAAUGGAUCUUCAACGGCUUUCAAAUUAUCAUGAUUUAAUUUAAAACGAGUCGUUGGAUUUUCGCUUCUGUAAUCGUAUUAACGAGCGAGCAAAUGCGUCGCGAAUGUACUCUAUCAUCGUACGUGGGCUCUUGAAGGAAAGUAAAAACCAACCUGGUCAGCUCCGGGCGUAAUGCGCCGCAAGAGACUAAAUUUAUAGAUUCUCUAUUCAUGCUACAGAAAAAGAUCUUAUAAAAAAAGUAUCCUUGUGGAAUUUUAACACACGCUAUUUCUCAUCUAAGACGCUGAUUGUACCAAUUACCGAUCAAUGCUACCUCUGAUUAGUCAACUUUCUGAAACUAUUUGCAUCGUUAAUAGAAUUGUAAUGUGUAAAAGUGACAGUCAAUAUGAAAAAUUGCACAAUUGCUAGUCCAAGAUUUAACCUAAUACUAUCGAUGCAACCGAAGAUAAGAUAUUGUAUGAGACCAAACUAUAGAUAUCUGUGACAAUUAGAUAAGCUCGCGAUUACUCUCGACGGAACUUACUAACUUCGAUGGCAAAAAAAAAAAAAUACACGUAUAUAGAUGCGAGUAGAUGUAAAUAACAAACAAAAGCAAUAUAUACAAGUAAAAGAAGUCUCAAAUAGAAAAGAAAAUAAAUAUUUGAGCAAUGUAUAUUUCACAUCCUUUAAAUAUAACAUACAUAUAAAGAUAGUUUUGUAAAAAAAAUUAGUCACAUGUAUAUUGAAUAGCCUUAAGGAUAGAAAAAGAGUUAGAGGAAAAAAUAUUCUGUUCUUUUAACUUUAAAUAUAAAUAAAAAGUAAGAAUAAGUUGCGCUUUGUAUGCGAGAUUUUUCCGAUGCAGCUGUUGAGUCUUUUUUACUUUAUUAAAUAUUAAUUCUUUUUUUAUAUUAGUAUAAUAUUUUACUUAUUGUAUAAUACUUAUUCUAUAAUAGUUUUUGUUGCUUUCAUUUUCUCGUUUGUUUUAUUUGAUUAAAUACAUGUCAAUUAACGCAUUAUACAGUACAAUGAUUUUUUUUCAAUAAUUCUUGAC